GAGCGCCUGCGUGUCAGUCUGUGUUACUUGUUAGCAAGUCAGCAGCAGAAGAAAUGGAGGCGAUACAAUGGAAGCUAUUGCCACUGCUAACACUUCUCGCUUCUUUUCUACUAUUUUUCUAUUUCCAAAAUCCCUCAAAGCAAUAUCAGAAAAACUGCAGCCUGCUUCCUUACCAACAUUACUGGAUAACCAGCAAGCGCAUCUUGACACCUCACGGGAUCAUUUCUGGAGCAGUUGAGGUAAAGGAGGGGAAGAUUGUCUCCAUUGUUAAAGAAGAGGAAAAGAAUGGGAAAACCAAGUUGGAGAAUGUAAUUGAUUAUGGAGAGGCUGUGGUAAUGCCUGGCUUGGUUGAUGUGCAUGCACAUCUUGAUGAUCCUGGAAGAGCUGAAUGGGAAGGAUUUCCAUCAGGGACCCAGGCUGCUGCUGCUGGUGGGAUAACUACAUUGGUUGACAUGCCUCUAAAUAGUGAUCCAUCCACUGUCUCCAGAGAGACUUUGCAGCUCAAGAUUAAGGCCGCGGAGAGCAGAAUUUACGUUGAUGUCGGUUUCUGGGGAGGUCUUGUUCCUGAAAACGCAUUCAACGCAUCUGCUCUUGAGGAUUUGUUAAAUGCUGGUGUUCUUGGUUUGAAGUCGUUCAUGUGUCCAUCAGGGAUCAAUGACUUUCCUAUGACAAAUGCCAGUCAUAUUAAGGAGGGACUGUCUGUGCUGGCAAAAUAUAGGCGGCCUUUACUUGUACAUGCAGAGAAACAACUAGAUCUUGAAAGCGACUUGGGAGUUGAAGGUGGUAGUAACGAUGCUCGUUCUUAUUCGACGUAUCUCAAGACCAGGCCAGCUUCAUGGGAAGAGGCAGCUAUUAGGGAUCUCUUGACCUUGACAAAGGACACAAGGAUUGGUGCCCCAGCGGAAGGAGCUCAUCUUCAUAUUGUUCACUUGUCUGACUCAAGCAAUUCGUUAGAUCUUAUUAAGGAUGCAAAAAGUGGUGGUGACAGUGUAACUGUGGAGACAUGCCCCCACUACUUAGCAUUCUCAGCAGAAGAGAUUCGGGAUGGAGAUACUCGUUUUAAGUGUUCUCCACCCAUCCGUGAUGCAGCCAACAAGGAAAAACUGUGGGAGGCUUUGUUGGCAGGACAUGUUGACAUGAUAAGCUCUGAUCAUUCACCAACUCUGCCGGAACUUAAGCUUCUUGAUGAUGGAGACUUCUUGAGGGCUUGGGGUGGCAUAUCAUCUUUGCAGUUUGUUCUUCCUGUGACAUGGUCAUAUGGCCAGAAAUAUGGAGUGACUUUGGAACAGUUAGCUUUAUGGUGGAGCGAAAGGCCCGCCAGGCUUGCCGGACAAGAAUUGAAGGGGGCAAUUGCAAUUGGGUACCAUGCAGAUAUGGUAGUGUGGGAUCCAGAUGUGGAGUUUGACCUUGAUGAUGACCCUGUUUACCUCAAGCAUUCGGGGAUUUCAGCCUACAUGGGAACAAAGUUAUCUGGAAAAGUUUCAGCUACUUUUGUAAGAGGAAACCUUGUCUUCAAAGAGGGGAAGCAUGCUCCGGCAGCAUGCGGCGUUCCGAUUCUGGCAAAAUAAUUACGCUCGUGAUUUACAAGCCAAUCUCCUUGUAUAUGUACUUGUGGGAUAUCAUUCAUGUAUGGCUCUGCAUCUCUUGGCUUUUGAUGAGCCUGGUGCUUCCCAAAUCUGUAAUAUAACAAUUUCCAACUAAUUUCCUUCCCUUU